AUGGCUGAACGUUCGAAGAAGCAAAGAAGAAAAAGUUUUGGCGUCUUCGGGUCCACUGGGCUAUUGUCUCUGGAUUCCGCCUCACCCGUCGUCGUAUCUCGAUCUCGCGCCGGCGAUCGAUAUUCGUGCGAUGCGUUGACCCUGGCGAGAUAUUACAGCGGGCGUAACGGACAAGUCGAUGCGUUUGGCUCUGCAGUGGUCGACGACGACGAUAUACAACAACCACCACCAGCAUGGCACAGCAGUAAGGAGGAACUGAAGCCACGCACCAGGAAACAACGUUCGGGAAGCAAAUCUUCUCUGCUGAGCAUGGCGUUUGUCAGGUCUCGUCCGCCCAGCGUCGGCGAGGUGAAGACGCAGAAACGGGCGGUGGAUGGCAAACAGCAGCAGCAGCACAAACAGUCUCCCAGGCCGUUAUCAUACUCACCACAGCUGCCCUUCCAUGAUGACGACCUCUACCUGCCGAACUUCUCUCUCUCGCACUCUGCCACCGAGCCGAACAUUCGCUCCCGAUCGAAAUCCGUGAACCGUCCCUUGGCCAGAAGCUCGGUAUUUGGGUCCCUGAGAUCCUUCAAAUCUAUGGACGAAGACCAGCACUCGACGAGAUCGCGCUCUAGGUCGACGUCGAGCAACGAAGAUGACCUGCCUAUCAUGCGGGAGUCGGCCAAUUCUCGCGUCCACAAGUUCCAGCAGCAGCAGCAGAGCCAUCACCAACAGCCGCUGCAUUGGAAUUUUGGCACAAAGGUGUUGCAUCACGGCGAAGUGCAGACGGCGGGGGCUAUGUGGAGGAAGAGGAGCCAUUAUCUCGUCCUGACCGAGUCUCAUAUCGUUCGUUUCAAGAGCCAAAACAAAGCAGCAGAGGUUUUCCCAUCCAUACCUGCAUCCUGGGGCCGAAAUGCCGGCGCAGCGGCAUCGAAUCGACUCUCUAUGGUAUCUCUCGCAUCUCUACACGAAAACCAGCUCGCAGGAGGAACGGGAGUCGGAGUGAGCGGCGAGGGAGGAAUAGGAAUCGCCCUGAAUACCAUAAUCGCGGUCCAUCGGUUAGACGACGGGAAACCCUACUUCUCAAUUGAAGUGUGCUACGCAGACGAGAAGAACUACCGGGGCUCGGCUAUACACAUUCAACUCAGCGACCCGCAAGAAGCGCAACUAUGGCUGAUGGGCAUUCGCGCGGCUGCGGAGGGUGCAAUCUCCAUUGAACCUCCCGUCUUUGACGCCGACACUGUUAAUUAUGUAACCAAUAUCUUGGAACAGGAGCGUGAUUAUGAUCCAGAUUGCUUUGGGCUAUAUAGAAUCGUGCAUCGCAUGUCUACCAAGCAAGGUAAUCGUUCAUCUACUGAUGAUAUCACUAAGCUUGCAUCCAAUGCCUGUUUCCUAGCCAUUGGUGUCCAUAAGAUACAUAUUUUGCCCGCCCAUACAAAGUCUUCCAAUAGGGCUUCCAUGGCAUCCUUGGUAGAGCUGGACUUGGACGCCUGUCUGGGAAUCAUGGCCUUGUCGUCUAUCUUGGUGCAACCUAGUGACGAUACCUUUCAGUUGAUCUUCCGCACAUUCUUGCAGCUCAAGCUAAUGCCGAACCCUCUUAGAAUACCGUUCAAAAGCCCAUCGAUCGUUAACCUCUCCUCGAGCUCUUCCGGUGAAAUCGCACUACUCCUUCGGCAACGCGCAGAAUACCUACGUCCCGAAUGGAUUCACCAACCUUUCUCGUUCAACGUUCCUAAACAUGUUCAGGCUCAGGUUAUGCCUCCGGUGACGUUCGAAGAGGACCACGGCUGCUUUGACCGGACGCUUAUCGCUUAUUGCGCCGCUUACGAUGUCGAUACCUCGAAGAUCCGUUAUAUGGUGGACUAUCAUUGCGACGACGCACCGGCCUUUCAACUCCUCCCACGCGAAGGCUGCCCAGAUGGUGGAGGAUAUCUCCUCCUGGAGCUUCUAGCAGUCUUCCGCGCAUUACGGUAUAACGAAUCAUUUAACUCGAUCUCGUUUGCGCGCAUUAACUUGGACAUCCUGCAGCAAUUCCGCGACUCGUAUGGACCAGAUUUUGAUGCAAUGCGAACCAGGUCAAAUGUAGCGGUCAAUAUUCCCGGGCAGGAUGAGGUAGCCGCCUUAACCCAAGAGGUGCGGGCACUCGCUCUGAAAAGUAGGACACUCCGAAGGAUGGAAUUUUCAUACUGUCUGACCCGCUCUGCAAAGGCGACUGGGAGCGAACGUGAUCCUGGAUGUGGCAUUCCAGAAGCUGUUUUCCCGCUCUGUCGACGGAGCUUGACAGGGGUGGAUUGGCUUGCACUCAACGGCAUAGAGCUGGGUGAUUCGGACCUGGAUUACCUGGUCGAUGCAGCCUCCCAGAAGACUUCGGGACUCCGCGCUCUCGAGGUGAGUAACUGCAGUAUGCAGAUCCACGAUUUGGACCUGAUUCUGUCGACCCUCCGAGUUCAGAGAGACACCCUUCAAUGUUUGCGAAUCUCCAAUAUUGUUGGCCGAUUAAGCCCGGACCAGUUCCAGCAGCAAGCCGGAUGCUUCCGCAACAUUCGAAAGCUUGAGCUUUCUCAAGUUCUGCGGACUUCCAGGAACGAGCCUCUCAUUUCAGCUGAAACACUGCUGAACUGGGAACUGGAAGAACUCUGUCUGAACAAUACAACGGUUAAUGAGCAGACGGUAGAAUCCAUCGCCAUGUAUCUUGCGAGCCCGCAAUCGAAGAACCUCCGCGAGAUGCGCCUCAACCAGUGCGGUAUCACUGGCGGAGACGUUGCAACCCUGCUAUAUUUCAUGGUUGAUGAGGAUCUGAAAGCUCGAGACAUUCACUUGCACGUAAACGACAACCGGCUGGCUAUCGACUGCGAUGUUUUGUUCGCCUCUAUCGCACAAAAUCGAACGCCUACCCAUCUCACGAUGAGAAACAUUGAGUUUCAACGCGACGAAGACUUCAGGAGCCUGGUAGAAGCGCUAAUUCAGAACACCACCUUGCGAUACCUUGACAUCUCCAGGCUAUCACUCCCGCACGACGCUAGUGCUGAGACAUCGAAAGCAUUGCAGAGAAUGUUUGAACAAAACACCACCAUCGAAGAAUUGGAUAUCAGCAGUGAACAAGCCCAUCUUGAUGUGAGUAGGUUUGGAAUUGGGUUGAAUCUUGCCCUGACUGGGUUGAAAAGAAAUACUACACUCAAAGUACUGAAGAUUGAGCAUCAGAAGCUGGGGGUUCAGGGCGCAAACACCCUUGCGUCCGUAAUUGAGGAAAACAACUCAUUAGUUGAAAUAUACUGUGAGAAUAACGAAAUCAAUCUGCAGGCGUUCACCAUCUUAGUCAAUGCAUUACAAAGAAAUCAGACCGUGUUACACAUCCCAGCGAUGAGGAACGAUUGCAAACGGUCCCUAGCCCGAGUUCAGCGGGAGAUGGAAGCCGAUGCAAAGGACACCGGAAUUCGGUCCACUUUGUCUACCGCAUCUUCAAUUCGUCGCUCUGUUCGUGCUGCAUUUACGGGCUCUUACAGCAGCAGUAAUAAGUUGGUGAAAUCGCAUCCCCCCGUUGCACAAGUUGGUGCUUCACCAGGCGUUCGUCGCGCGUCCUCCGCGGUACUCGCAGCACCAAAUGGCACACAGCCUAGUAUGACGGUAUCUGCGACCCUGCCGCAGUUCACCCGGCCGGAGAUCAAAUUCGCUAUUGAAGCGCUUCAAACUAAGUGGAAUAGCCAAGAAGCUCGUCUACAACGCUAUCUUUACCGCAACUUCAGUGUCCUACAUGGCUAUGAGAGUGAGAAAGUCGGUGACGAUACGAUCAGUGAAGGGCGACCAGCUACAGCAGCUAGUUUGGCAACAUUCCUCAACCAGCUCUCCCUCACACCGAUUGAAGACAUGAGCCAACGGGAUGGUAGCUCUGUAAUCGAAACACCGUCUAGUGAUGCUUCGGGACUCAGCCGAUCUACGAGUUUUAGAACCGCGAACAACUUUCCUGAAGAAGAUGCAGCUUUAGACGAAACUGGCGCUGUCGAUUUCAACCUCGACUGGUCAUUCUCACAAUCAUGUUCGAAGCAGAGUGCCCUUAUUGAUCGUGUCCUCCCAGGCUCGUCGUUUAUGUCACCCAUAAAUUCUCAAACGGACGAGCUCGCCUCACCUAUCUCCUCCCAGCCUCGACCAGCGCUCGUUCGAGCAACCAGCAGUGUACGCAGUAGUAAGUCUACUAGCACUGUCAGCGUCAGCACAAAUACCAGCACGACCAUGGAUAGACCUCCUAUCAGCGGCCGAAAAUUUGGUACGACGAGGACACCUUCGCUGCGUGGCUUGCUAACUGCUCGAGCUGCGGCAGCAGCAAGCAAAAGAAAAAUGCAAAAUGAUGCCGACCUUCUUGGUUCUUCUAACGCGCCUCCGCAGCUCGAUUGGAAUCUUCCUGAGCUAAAUCUUCUUUAA